AUGGCUGGUGGGAACGUUAAAGACCCGAAAUUAGACGGGACACGCGGGCGAGGCGCGUUAAAUGAGCUCACCAAUCCUAACCGUCAGGGAAAGCUCAAUGGGCUUGGGAAGGAGAAUAAGGCUGUCAUCGAGAAACCACUCGCAUCUGUACUAACAAACACUACUGCACACACUACCACAGCAGCUGCCACGGCAGCCCCCACAACAAAUGUUACCACAUCGACAACUGCAACAGCGACCACACGGACACGGCCAGCAUCCGCUGCAGUCCAGCAAACACAAACACAUCGCGUCAUCGUUAACCGUCCACUUUCUCAUCCCACCGCUCCAUCUGGUGCCAGGAUUUCGACUACUCGCCACCUUCAGCGCGAAUCGUCUGCAGCUGCAUCCGCUUUAUUCCGACCAUCUCAGACUCGUCUACGCGAAGACGAGGAGGAAGAUAACAUAUCAAGAAAGCGCCGAAAAACCCCCAUCAAUGCCUCGCGUUCAGUUGUUGCAUCAUUUCUCCCAGUGAACACCGUCGAAGUUCUCGCCCCAGCUGGCAAGGACCCAAUAGAAAUUACUGAGGCUGACGUCAAGGUCGCAGUCGAGGGAAACGCCACUGUGGCGUAUUCCAAUGCUGAGACUGAAGAACGUGAAACUAUCAGACUGCGGGGUCCACCUUCUCCAUCGCCAGAACCUGAUGAAAUCGAUUACGACUGGACACAGGCCAGUCCCGAAUCAGAAGCUCGUUAUGCAAAAGAGAUAACGGACAUCAAAGCCUCGUUUAAGGAUGAGGUGGAUGGGUGGGAUGUGACGCUUGUAUCAGAGUAUUCCGAAGAUAUUUUUGAAUAUAUGGGGAAGUUAGAGCUGGAGUCAAUGCCGGACCCUGAUUAUAUGGAGAAACAGAACGAAAUCGAAUGGACUCAGCGAGCGACUUUGGUUGAUUGGCUUGUGCAGAUCCACACUCACUACCAUCUCUUACCUGAGACCUUAUGGAUUGCUAUCAACAUCGUAGAUCGCUUCCUAUCCAAGAGAGUUGUCUCGCUAGUCAAGCUUCAGCUCGUUGGCAUCACUGCUAUGUUCAUCGCUGCAAAGUACGAGGAAAUCAUGGCGCCAAGUGUGGAUGAGUUCGUCUACGUGACUGAGGGUGGCUACUCGAGGGAAGAGAUCCUAAAGGGAGAACGUAUCAUUCUUCAGACUUUGAAUUUCCACAUCUCUGCGUACUGUUCGCCGUAUUCAUGGAUUCGACGUAUCAGCAAAGCGGACGACUAUGACAUUCAGACUCGCACACUGUCUAAGUUCCUCAUGGAGGUUUGCUUAUUUGAUCAUCGCUUCUUACGGGCGAAGCCCAGCAUGAUUGGUGCGAUUGCCAUGUUCACUGCUCGGCAGAUGCUGGGAGGUGAUUGGAACGAUGCUUUUGUUUAUUAUUCUGAGUACACUGCUGAGCAGGUCUCACCCGGAUGCGAGUUCAUCCUCGAGACUAUCGCUUCCCCUGGCUUUGACAAGCUUCACAUUCAUCGCAAGUAUUCGCACAAGCGUUUUCUGAAGGCAAGCUCGUUCGCGCGGAAUUGGGUGGUCAACCACUGGAAUCCUGAAGCGGAAGCCACAGUCAAACCUGCCGUCCCCAUGCGCAAGCCGCAAGACAUUGACAUGGAUAUGGACGGACAGUGA